AUGCAGGGCAUCCUUAAGACACCGAGGCUCGCAGUGGAAGCCUCCUUCCCAGGCUGCUUGGACGUUGAGGCAUAUGAAGUCCACUUUGGCCUGCUGUCUAUCGGAAGCAGCCAGAGCACUCAAGCUAACGGAGUCUUCCGCCGCGGUCCCCGCUGGGCGAAGAAGGUUAUGCGAAUCAGCUUCGCGGCUCUGAGAUUCAUCGUCGCGACAGGCAUCGAAUCCUUCGUGGCGAUGAGCGCUCUGGUUGCCGCCCUGUUUUGCGUGUGCAACAACAUCAUUUUCCCAAUCGUGGCGUUUCACUACUGCAAAGUGAAGAAGGUCGGACCCUGCAGGAAAGUUCUACAUGGGCUAGUCCUGGUGUAUGGCCUCUUCAUCAUGAUUUUCGGCACGAUCGCUGCUGCACAGAGCCUUUCCCCAUCGGCCGAUGGGGCCCCUGGCGAGAAGCUCCGUCCCGGACUCUCGGCCGAGUGCUUGGCCGAGGUCAACAAGAUGAACCUGACGGCACGGUGA